CGUCAUCGUCAUAGUUAUUGUUGCUGCUGCUCCUGCUGCUGUCGUCGGUAGUUUUUUUUUUUUGGAGAAACACUCGACUGUUCCACAGCCAUGUCCAAGUACACGAAAUUGGCACGCGGGAUCUGCGAUCUGCUGAUCUGGGCCGCGCUCAGUGUGGGCAGCCUGCUGCUGCACAAGUGGGGGAAGCCCUUCAAGCGCGGCUUCUUCUGCGGGGAUGAGUCACUGGCUUAUCCCUACCGCGAGAGCAGCUUCGACCACGAGCUGGUGCUGGCCAUCGCCUUCGGCGUGCCCACCUCGGUGAUCGUGGUGGUGGAGCUGUUCAAGCAGCUUCCGGGUGGCGCCCUGCGCGAGACGUCCGGAAAGCGGGACGGCUGCCGCCUGGGGCACCGCCUGGGCCAGCUCUACAAGCAGGCCAUCUUCUACCUCUUCGGACUGGCCAUGGUGGCGUUCACCACGAUGCUCUCGAAGGUGUGCAUCGGGCGCCUGCGUCCGCACUUCUUCGCCGUGUGCCAGCCCAUGCUGCCGGACGGCAGCACCUGCCAGGACGCCCAGAACCAGGGUCGCUACAUCGACAGCUACACCUGCAGCAACGCCAACAUGACGGACUUCAACUUCCGGCAGCUGAACCAGUCCUUCCCCAGCGGCCACGCCAGCAUCAUCCUGUACGCGAUGCUCUACCUGGCCAUCUACCUGCAGGCGGCUCUGAGCACGCGCGUCUCCAAGCUGCUGAAGCACCUGCUCCAGUUCCUGUUCGUCAUGUUCGGCUGGUACGUCUCGCUCACCCGCAUCACCGACUACCACCACCACUGGAGCGACGUCCUGGCCGGGGCCGUCAUGGGCGUCCUGAUCGCCAGCCUCACGGGCGCCUACGUGGCCGACCUGUUCGCCUUCAAGCGCUGGCCCAAGACCGGCUACUCGGCCAACACGCUGCGCAAGCCGCAGGUCUCGCCCAAGAGCUCCACCAAGUCCCAGGCCGGCGCUGCUCCGGCCACGGCCGCCUCCAAUGGGGCCCAGCCGCCCGCCCUGCCGGCCUACACCUUCGGGACGCUGCCCUACCUGGCGGCACAUCCGGCCCAGGCGCAGUACGCCCAAACCUAUCACAACUACGGAUACGUUCCCUGAGCAAAGGGACAGGGCCGGUAGGCAGAUGGGUGCUUGCUUCAACUUGGAAAACCUCACACUUACACACACACACACACACACAGUCACACAAAGACUUGCACGAUAUUCCUGUUUUUUUUUUUGUUUUUUGUCUGUAUUCUAGCGAAAUAUAAAAUCUAUUCAAAAGUAUCGUAUCACGAA